CUAUCUUUUAUUAUGGUGGUUGCAGUGACAAAAGAAACAAACAGUCCGGGCAAGCAAGUUAGCUUAAUUAAAUCCGAUUUAGUGUAAUUUGGUGUGUUUAGUGUAUUUAGCAGCGGUUGGGCUGAGCUUGUGUUCGGACCUUUAUGCUGUGAGCUAGCGCGCUGGCUAGUCCACUCACCCCGCCAGCUAACGGCAUUUUCUCUGCUGAGUUGAUUCAUUAUCUGUCCUGACUCGACAAGCUAGCUUUAUCUAAAUCUGGGGGUGCAAUAUCUAGCAGAAAAGCUUCAGUUCUUAUUUUCUUGGUCUCCUAGCUAGCUCUUCUUGUCAUGGAGUGUCCUCAUCUCAGCUCCACGGUGUGUGUGGCGGUGGAUCCCUCCCGCUUCCCUCACGGCUCACCUUCUUCAUGGUGCUGCAGUGUUUGCCGGUCAAAUAAAAGUCCUUGGGUUUGCCUCACCUGUUUGAAUGUGCAUUGUGGAAGGUAUGUCAAUGGCCAUGCUAAGAAGCAUUUUGAGGAGGUUCAUUGUUCACCAACUGGACAGAAGAAAACAGAGAAGUUUCAACAACAUUCUGUGUGCAUGGACUGCAGCAGUUAUAGUACAUUCUGUUACCGCUGUGAUGACUUUGUGGUGAACGACACCAAACUGGGCCAGGUGCAGAGGGUGAGGGAGCAUCUUCAGAGUUUGGAAAACUCUGUGAUGAAUUCUGACAGACAGAGGAAAAGAAAACUCUCAGGGAGUUCCUCCCCUGACCUCAGGCUGUCAGCAGAUGGGGAAGGCCCUCCAGCUCGGAGUGCCACUGGCCUCCGGAACCUGGGCAACACGUGCUUCAUGAACGCCAUCCUCCAGUCUCUUGGUAACAUUCCUGAGUUUAGUUGCUAUUUUAAAGACUUGCCGGCAGUGGCGCUGCGGAGUGGAAAAACUGCAGGAAGGAGAAUGUACCACACCCGAAGCCAGGGGGACAGCAGUGUGUCCCUGGUAGAGGAGCUCAGGAAAACCCUUUGUUCCCUUUGGCAGGGAAGUCAGACUGCCUUUAGUCCAGAUGCUCUGUUCUAUGUCAUCUGGAAAAUAAUGCCAAGUUUCAGGGGCUAUCAGCAGCAGGAUGCCCAUGAGUUCUUGCGUUACCUACUGGAUCACCUCCACAGAGAGCUGCAGGGCAGUAAGAACGGCUUGCCUGGGUCGAGCCUGCUCCCAGACAACCUUAACUCAGGAAGCAAUUGCAGCAUUAAUGGGACUCCCACUAUGGUCACUGCUGUAUUUGGUGGCGUCCUUCACAAUGAAGUAAACUGCUUGAUAUGUGGCACAGAGUCAAAGAAAUUUGACCCAUUUUUAGACCUUUCCUUGGACAUUCCCAGCCAGUUUAGAGUAAAAAGGACAAAGGACCAGGAACCAGGGCCAACCUGCACGUUGAGUGACUGCCUUUCUAGUUUCACUGACCUGGAGGAACUCGAUGAAACGGAGCUCUACAUGUGCCAUAAGUGUAAAAAACGACAAAAGUCCACGAAGAAAUUCUGGAUCCAGAAACUGCCUAAGGUUUUGUGUUUGCAUCUAAAGAGGUUUCACUGGACAGCUUUUCUAAGAAAUAAAGUUGAUACCUAUGUGGAAUUCCCAUUGCGAGGCCUUGACAUGAACUGCUAUUUACUGGAGUCUGAAACCAGUCUCACUGAGAGUUGCCUGUAUGACCUUGCUGCAGUAGUGGUGCACCAUGGAUCUGGGGUGGGAUCAGGUCAUUACACAGCGUAUGGUCUUCAUGAGGGCUGCUGGUAUCACUUUAAUGACAGCACUGUGACUGUAGUCAGUGAGGAGACAGUAGCCAAAGCCAAGGCCUACAUUCUCUUCUACACAGAGCGGACAGAGCAGGACAACAUGGGCUCCGUGACCAAGCCGAAGCUUUAAUCAGCCUUACUGUACCAUGAAGCCUUCAGAAUGAUAGUCCACCUUUCCUGCACACAGUUCCACGCUGAGCUUCAGUUAUUAUUUCACCCGUAGCACCACCAUCACACCUCAGUAAAAACUAAAUGCUGCUGUGUUCAUUAUAUUAAGAAAACAUUCCUAAUGUUGCCUUUCAUUGUUUUUGUCCAAAGGCCAUCUUGUGUACUGGUGGACAGUGUUGCAGAAACUGGAUCAGAUGAAAUGACAGAAAGUGUUGUAAUUGUUUAAUAAUGUGUAUAUCAGAUUUUGGCCACCUCUUGUUUUAACAUUAGAUGACUUCGGUUUCAUAUAAAGGUUUUUAUGUAAAUGAACUAAAUUUGAGUAUUUUCUUACUGCUGUUUGUUGGGUUUGAGGCAUUUCUAACUUGAAACUUGAACAAUCAUAAUUUGAUGUUUCCUUUUCCCCUUUGUAUUGCACAGGUAGUUUACUUUUACAAACAGUAUCACCUCAUAAAUGUGAAAAGGACAUUUGAAGAAAGGGGAAAUGUUGGGUCCAUUACAUUUUGAUUAUUUAUACUGUUUUACUGGGAGUAGUCAUACCUCUUGCUAUAAACCUUGAUUCUACCAUCAUGACAUUUGAGCACUCAUGAUUUUAUGUGAAUGUUUAUAGAAGCACUAAAGAGAUGUGAGUUAUAAAAAUGUAGUCAGUGUUUUUAAAAACAUUGCAUUGAAGUGCAACAAUAAUCUCAGAUCUUCAGUAUGACACUGGAGUGAAGUUGAAGUCUUUCACAGUCUCAUGUGAAUCUUGUGAUAGGUAAGAGAAUGGAGUACUUUGUUUUCUCCAAUUGUUUCCUACUCAUGAAAAGCACCCAUUUCAAAUGUUCAUUUUUUCAUGAUGGGAAUGAUUUAUUUAAUUUUGGCAUGCACCGUAAUUUCUGCUGUAACACUGCUUAAAAUGAUGCAUCAGUAAACACUUUUCCAGCAAGUUACACUUUUA